AUGCAAAGAUCAGUUGAGUUUCCUUGCCAGAAUGAGAACUUUGAUCUUUCUUGCAGAGAUUUAUCCUCCCUGCAGUUGCACACUGUAAUUUCAUGGGGCCCAGAGGAUAGAAAAUUAAAAAUUAUCACUGUUACUGUGAAGACAGAAAAAGAUGUAAAAUUAUUAAAUGUAGAAAUUGUAUCUGAAAACAAAACAAAAGCUUAUCUUGGUGGUUAUCGCAAUAUUGAAACUGGAGUUAAAUAUUUUAAUGCAAAUUCACAGACAACAUUGCCGCUAAAAACAGGGAAAAAAGAAUGCUUUUCUCGAUCUACACAAACUAUUUGGACCAAGCAUCAGUCUCAACAAGUCUGCAAAGAAACAUUUACUCAAACUCCAAGAAAAGGUUUUUACUUUUCUUCCUUUGGUGAAAAAGUUAUUUCUGCUAGACCUUAUAAAAGCAGUGAUGAAAUCUUUGCUCUUAAACUUCAGACUGUUAAAGCCCUUCAAAGACAUUGCAGGAAAUUUUUGGUUAAACAUAGGUGGAUGAAAAUACAGAAUCAAGUUCUGGAAAGUAAAAAGUGGAAAAGAGCAAAGAAACUAGAAAGAGACAGAAACAAACAAAAAUUGAAAGAACUUGAAGAAAAAUGCAAACUUCAUCCUGAAAAAAGAAUUGAAUUUGAAAUUUUGUUCAAUCGACUUCAAAUUGCAUAUUUAAAUCAAGUUAAACAGAUUAAUGAUACAAAAUGGGGAGCUGAACGUUAUGCCGCUUUGAGUAUGGUUACUGAUAUAGAAGCAAAUAUUAUUCGAGAAAUAAAUGCAAAAAGGAAAAUUGCUAUGGAUAAUAAAAGUACAAAAAAUAAAAUAGCUUUUCUAAAGAAGGCAGCAGCUCCCAAAGUGUGGAAAUUAACUACAGGCGAAUGGAAUGUAGAAACUGUAAACACACUUAAAGGUCAAGAACUAAAAGAUUUAUACUGUACAUUAACAUUGCCUUAUUUGAAACAAACAGAAAGAAUAGAUGCUCUUUUAACAAUGAUACAGAUUGUUCAAGCACAUGACUGUGAAUUAACAAAAGAACUUAUACAUUUAGCUGAAAGAGAAAUCAGUCUUUUAGAAAGAGGAAUUAAAGAUGAAACUUUACAAGGACUACAUCUACGUAUUUUAACUUUAUUCUGGAGUUAUGUUAGUCAACCAUUAUUUAAUCCAGAAACAUCAAAAUUAAGCAAUAUUCCUACAGAUGCAAGUAUUUUUAAAAAACAUCUGGUUUGUUGCAAUAGCUGUAAUUGUUAUUUUACAGUAGUGCCAGAUCGUGGUAGACAAAUUAUUAGUGAUGUUCCAUUCUACAGUAGGAAAAGACAGAAAAAAUGCCCUCGCUGUAUUUUCUUAGAAAACGAAGCCAUUCAUCGGAAAGACACCCAAGUAUAUGAACGUAUUUUGAAGAAUUUAUGGAACAAAGAGAGAAACCUUGGAAUUUCAACUGGUCUUGUCUUUUUUCUUAAGAAAGGUGAUAUUUGUUAUUUAGUUGAAAAAAUAUGGAAGAAUCAGAGUCCCAUCAGUGGUAAUACCAAUUUAGAUGAUCUUGUGUUAACAAGAUGGAACAGAGAUAAGGAAUGGAUGCCAUGGAAUAGCAUUUUACUAACGGAAGAUGAAGCUGAGGCUCAUGAUAAAAUAGAGAAUAUUUCUGAUAUAUAUGCUCCGGCAUUUUUUAAAAAUGUUGAAAGAAAACAGUUGUUAGCUUCUGUACAUUUUUCUUCUUUGCCUCAUCUUCUUCCUUACAUAGAAACUUGUCUUGUGCAUAAACUUCCCAAAUUGCCACAAUUACAAAGACAGUUUAUCAAAGUUAAAUCUGAUAAGCUGUCUAAAGAACAUUCCCAUUCUGCUAUGAUCAACAAUGAAUACAACUAUAGUGAAUUGGAAACAAAAGAAAUAGAACUUCAGAAAGAACAAGAAGGUGAAAUAUUUGAGUAAAGAAAAUAUUUAAAAGGAUGAUUUGAAUAAAAUAAAUAAUUGUUUAUU